CGUAGGCGCCCCGGCCGUGCUGCGUCUCAUCCGGUUGCCUCGGGGUGUCCUGCCCCGGCGCUGGCCCUGCGGCCAUUUUGGACUGGGCUUCCACCCGCGUUCGCCUGCCUACUCCGUCCUUCCGGUGUCGUGCUGUGGAGGGGCUUUUUAACGGUCCCUCUCUCCUGGAAGGUCGCCGCCGGAGGAGCGUUCCCAUCUAUGGUGGCCAGGCCUCGAGCGAACUAGGACACCCCCUUCCUCGCCGGGAUGGCUCUCGCCUCAGCUGCCGCGUCCUGUUCCUGCAGUUCCGGGCCGCGAUCCGCCGCCUGCUGCCGAAGCCGCUUUGCUCUGUGGCUCCUCUCCUGGCCCGGGGACCGGCCUGGAGCACCGACUCCGCCGCUUGGUAAGGCCAAGACUGUUUAGGCCUCUUCCGAAUCGCGUCCGCCCUCCGGCCGCCGAGGUCCGAGUGCCUGAGACAUUGCCAGGAAAAAGGAGAUGGAGCCGGGAGCAGACAGGUCGCGGAGACGGGCGGGCGCCCGGUUCCGGCUGCCCUUCCUCUUCCCUUGGCCAUCGCGGCCAGGCUCUUCCAAGUUCCCGACACCCGUCGCUCCGGAAAGCUCCGGGGACCCCAAACUGGCUUCCUCUCCCCCCCAGGCUCGGACCAGCUACUGGAUGAAACUGCUUUCCCAGCUUUUUGCGCCGCUCCCCAGCUUGUUUCAGAAGCUGCUGAUUUGGAGCCAGCUUUUCGGUGGGCUGAGUCCCACCAGAUGGCUGGAGUUUGCUGGAGGCUACAGCGCCCUGAGAGCCCUGAGGGGACGGGACGAACCUGCCGCGCCCAUCGCCCAGAAAUCUGUGAGUUCGCUGCGGCUCGACCUCUCGGACGACUCGGCUGCCAGCCCCCUUGAUUGGCUAGAGGAGGGCAUCCAUUGGCAGUGCUCGUCCCCAGAUCUAGAAUUGGCACUUACAGCCAAAGGGCGCGCAUUGGACCCUGCGGCACCCGCUUUCCUCUUAGAGCAGCAGCUGUGGAGAGUGGAGCUGUUGCCGAGUAGCCUUCAAGCCCAGCUCUUGAACCGGGAACUUGGCUCUUCGCCCUCAGGGCCUCUCAACAUUCAGCGCUUAGGCAACUUCAAUUUAGUCUCCUGUUGGCUGAACGCCUCCUACCUGGACUGCCUUCCUCGCCUAGAGCUCAGUUAUCAGAACAGCGUGGGAAGUGGCCAGCUGGUGGAUUGCCAGAUUUGGACUCCAGAGAGCAGCUGCCUGAUUGAUGACCAUUGUCACCCCAAGCCACUGAAUGCAGAGGUCACUAAAGCCUCGUGGCAAGAAUGCCCACCUCUUUCUACAGAAGGCCUGCCCGAAAUCCACCAUCUUCGCAUGAAACGUCUGGAAUUCCUGCAGCAGGCUGGCAAAGGGCAGACGUUACCCACCCCUGACCAAGAUCACGGCUACCACAGCCUGGAGGAGGAGCACAGCCUUCUUCGGAUUGAUCUGCAACACUGCAGAGAGAACCCAGCACAGUUUGUUUCACCUGCGGAAGCCAUACCUGGAACCUCCCAGGAAGUCACUGAGGAAAACAUAGAAUUGCUGACUGAAGAGGCUCUCCAUGCUCUGGAAAAACAGGACCCUUUGGGAAGCUGCCCAUCUUGUGAGAUAUCUGUGGUUGAAGAGCCUGGAGAGGACCAGGUUUGUGGGGUUGACAACUCAACCCUAGAAGAUGACCAGCCCAUGUCUGCCAGACCAGCCUGUAGCAACAAACUGAUAGAUUACAUUUUGGGAGGUGGGUCCAGUGACCUGGAGUCAAGUUCUGAUUCCGAAGGUGAGGAUUGGGAUGACGAAGCAGAGGAUGAUGGUUUUGACAGUGAUAGCUCACUUUCAGAGUCAGACCUUGAGCAAGACUCUGAAGGGCUUCACCUUUGGAACUCUUUCUACAGUGUAGACCCUUACAAUCCCCAGAACUUUACAGCAACCAUUCAGACUGCUGCCAGAAUUGGUCCUGGAAACCCCUCUGAUUCAGAGAACGAUUUGUCCGACAGAUCUGAUCUAGAGAAUUCUCCCCAGACUAGAAGCCUUCCUGAGUCUCCUGACCAGAGUUCUGGAGAGGAAGAUGACUGGGAAUCUAGCGCAGAUGAGGCUGAGAGUCUCAGACUGUGGAACUCUUUCUGUAACUCUGAUGACCCCUACAACCUUUUGAAUUUUAAGGCUCCCUUCCAAACAUCAGGGAAAAAUUGGAAAGGCCAUCGUGACUCAGAGAGACCAUCUGAGUCCUUUGUAGCCAUUUCUGAGUGUCACACCUUCCUUUCUUGUAAAGUGCAGCCGUUAGGGAGCCAAAGAAGUGACUGUCCAGACUUGGUCCACUACCAGUUUCUCUCUGGGGAAAGACACAGGCAUAUCAAAAGAAAAAAGGUGACCUUUCUCGAAGAAGUUACUGAGUAUUAUAUAAGUGGAGAUGAGGAUCGCAAAGGACCCUGGGAAGAAUUCGCACGUGACGGAUGCAGGUUCCAGAAACGAAUCCAAGAAACCGAAGAUGCUAUUGGAUCCUUACCUAUAAGAAGGAUGAGGACCUUCACGGCAAAAGAACAGCACAGCUGCCAGAGAUGUGUGUCCAUUCAAGAUAGUAUCCAUCAAGAAAACAGAAGGACCUUAUGGAGUUUUUAACGCUCUUCAGAGCUUACUGCACAUUUUCCCACCAAAAUGUUGGUACUAGAUAACAAAGACAGAAUUUGGUACCGAGAGAGUGGGGUGCUGCUCUAACAGAUACCUAAAAUGUGGAAGCGGUUUUAAAGCUGUGAAUGGAUAGACGAGCGGCAGUGACAGAGGACAAGCAGCAGGAGAGAACCUGCAGUGGAAGAGAAGUGGCAGCAGCAGAGAAUCAGCAGCAGCAAAACCAGGAGACCAGUGCCAGACAGUACUGGAGCUGACCCACAGAGCAAGAGAACUGAGUGCCUGUGCACAGGAGGUUUCCUGGUGGAGUGGGGUGCUUCCAGGCACUUAUUGGUGAAGCUACUGAGCUUUGGAACACUUGCCCCAGCAGGGCAGAUGUGGUUGUGAGACCCGAGGGCCAAGAGGACACAGGAAGCAGAAGCUGAAGAGACGAGGAACACAAGAAGACAAGCUGCCUCAGUCUCAAAAGGUAUGGCCAGGACCUCUGGGAUUUCAAAGGGUGGAACCAUGGCCUCUAGUGUUUCUAAGGGUGGAGUCACCACUCAGAUGGAUUAGGAGAAUGGUGCCUAAAGCUGAGGGACCAGAGUUGCUGUCCCAGUGGGCCUGGAAGGCAGAGCUGAAGCUCAGGUCCGAGGAGCCUCCACUCAGAAUCCAGAGAGUGUGGCCAACACCUAGAGUCUGGAGGGCAGGGCCAUUGUGUAAAUUGUCUCAGAGAACAGAGGAUUAUUUUCAGAGUCCUGAGAGCUAAUGUAAUGUGUUCUGCUGACUUGCUUGGUGCCUGUUAUUCUUUUCCUCCAGUUUCUCCCAUUUGUAGUGGAAAUGUCUAGCUUGUGCUUGUUCUGCCGUACCUUUGGAAGCAGAUAACUUGUAUUCUAGAUUUCACAAAUGAAGAGGAAUUUGGGGGUUUUAGAUUUGGAGUUAAGACUUUUGCUAUGAUAUAAUGGGAUGAAUAUGUUUUGCAUGUUGCAAAAAUGUGAUUUUGGGGGGCCAAAGGGUGGAAUGUCAUGGGUUAAAUUAUGUCCCCCCAAAAAUGUGUGUUAUCAGUUUGGCUGGGCCAUGAUUCCCAGUAUUGUGUGGUUGUCCUCCAUUUUGUGAUUGUAAUUUUAUGUUAAAGAGGAUUAGGGUGAGAUUGUAACACCCUUACUAAGGUCACAUCCACAUCCCUGAUCCAAUAUAAAGGGAGUUUCCCUGGGGUGUGGCCUGCACCACCUUUUAUCUUACAAGAGAUAAGAGAAAAGGGAAGCAAGAAGAGAGUUGGGGACCUCAUACCACCAAGAAAGCAGUGCCAGGAGCAGAGCGCGUCCUUUGGACUCGGAUUCCCUGCACAGAGAAGCUCCUAGUCUGGGGGAAGAUUGAUGAGAAGGCUGAGAGAGAGAAAAAGACCUCCCCUGUAGCGGAUGCCCAGAAUUUGGACUUUUAGUCUACUUUACUGUGAAGAAAUAAAUUUCUCUUUGUUAAAGCCAUCCUCUUGUGGUAUUUCUGUUAUAGCAGCGCUAGAUAACUAAGGCAGAGGCCUAGAGAAAAAAGCUUCAUAAAGGACCAAGUGGCUCUGUCAAAUGCAGCAGAGAGACUUAAGAAGCUGUGCUGUGAAAGAUGGAUUGAAUAUAGGCUUAAAAGACAGUCCCAGCUCCUGAGAAGUUUAUAGUCAGAGGGAGACAACACGGCGCUAUAGACAGAAGCACUAUGCUGUCCCUGUGCAGCAAAGACUUGAAAAACUAAGUAAAACAGAUACAAACGUCAGUCCUGGAAACCGAAGCACCAAAUGAAGGAAUAAAGAACUCGAUCAAGCACCAGAUAGAAUAAGAAACUGAUAGAGAACGGAGAACAAGGAGAGCUAUGAAGUAGAGGUCCCUUACCAGUUUACAUGGCCAAAUUCACUAUCUUGGACUACGGCCACCAAAGAACUCAGACAGGGAGCAUGGAGCUCACAGCAGGAGACGGAGCACCUGGUAACCAGAGAUACACGCUUUCCCACUCCCCUUUCCCUCUAUGCGGCCACCACCAUGGGCCACAGCUGCUCCGCUGAAGAGACACCAGCCCACUGCUGCUGGGUCUGCCCUGCCUCCACCAGCCAGCCCCGAGUGCCAUUUAUUUAUUUAAUUUAUUUUUUGGUUUAUAUUUUUGUUUCCUUUUUUUUAAUUUUUUGGCAUUUUUUGUUGUUUCUCUCUCUCUCUCUCUCCUUCAUUCCUUUCCUUUCUCCUGCCCACCUAGCCCCAUAUGCCAUCCUCUCCCCUUCUUGAUGGGCUGUGAUUUUUUUGGUUUGUUUUGUUCUUUUUUGUUUAUUAUUUGAUAUAUAUAUAUAUGUACAUAUAAAUGCAUAUAGGCUUUUUUUGUUGUUGUUGCUUCUCUCUUUCUCUUCCUUCCUUUCCUUUCUCCUGCCCAGCUAGCCGUGUGUGCCAUCCCCUCCCCUUCUUGACAGGCUGUGAUUUUUUGGUUUGUUUGCUUUGUUCUUUUGUUCUGUUUCUUCUCUCUCCUUUUUCUUUCUUCCACCCACAUCAGCCCUGUGCACUGCUUCCGCCCCUUCUGGAGGGGCUGUGCUGCACAGCUUGGUUGAAGAGUCAUUGUGCAUGGCCUCCCUGGGUCUUCAUCACCAUCACGGACUGGCUUCCCCAGUGCCACUUUAUUUAUUUAUUUACUUAUUGUUUGUUUGUUUUCUUUCCCUUCUUUCUGUUCCUUUCUCCCAUCCACCCAGCCCUGUGCACUGCUUCUCCCCCUUCUGGGCGGGCUGUGCUGUACCGCUCAGCUGGAGAGCCUCUGGCACAUGGCCUCCCCAGGUCUGCACUGCCCCGACAGUCCAGCUUCCUCAGCACCAUUUUUUUUUCUUUCUCUUUCCCCUUAUUUUCCUACUCCCUCCCACCUAGGCCAUGCACUGCCUCUCCCCCUUGUGGACCAUCCCACCUUGCAAGAGAGACAUCAGUUUGUGCCACCCCCAUUUCGCCCCACCCUCAGUGGCUGGCUCCUCCACCACCAUUUUUUUGGUUUGUUUUUAUUUUUAUCAUUAUUUAUUUGUUCGAUUAUUGGUUUCUUCUCUCUCUUUCCCCUCUUUCUCCUGCCCACCUAGCCCCAUAUGCCACCCACGUCUCUUCUCGAAAGGCCCAGCCACACCGCUUGGCUAGAGAGCCAUUAGCACAUAGCCUCACCAGGUCUGCCCUGCCCCUACCUGCUGAAUUCGGCUGUACCACCAUUUUAUUUACUUAAAAAAAAAAUACAUCAAGUUUUGCUUUUUUUCUUUUUGCUUCUUUCCUUUUGUUUCUCUUCAUUCUCUUCUUUCACCCACUCAGCUGUGCACGUCCUCUCCUUUCCCUCUUGCCUAUCUGCACCAUGCACUGAGUGCCAUGCCCCCAAGCAGUAUUGAUGUGGUCCCCUGGACCCUGCCCUGUGCUGCCCUCCAGCCUUGCCUCGUCACCCCCAGUUCAUGCAGCAAAUUACCCAUCCCUGCUCUUCCACCUGCAAUGGACCCAUCCUGCUGCACCAUAGCUGAAUGACCAGCCUUGCCUACCUGGACAAGGUGGUGAGAAGUAUCACGCCCACAGGCGAACAAGCAAGAAAACACACCCAGCCCACCUGCCCAGACAAUCAAAUAAAACAAAAAAGCAGGAUGAAACAAUCAAAUCUACAGUCAAUAAAUGAAGAAAAUAAUCCCUGAAUGCCCCAGAGACUGCAGACAAUAUCAAAACAUAUAUAUAUAAAAAAAAGACACGAUGGCUCCAGAAAUAAAGUGCUAAAUGACCUUCUGCUAGAAGAAAAAGUGCUGGCACUACCUGAUAGGGAAUUCAAAACUCUAAUAUUCAAGGUUCUCCAACAGAUGAUGGAAAAUGCAGACAAAAAUUAGGAAAAGUAGACAAAAUAAUGGAAGAAUUCUGGAAAUAGUACAAGAAAAAUGUCAAACUAAACAAUUAGAAAUCAUACAAAAACAGCAAUUAGAAAUCUAAAAGAUAACAAGAUUUCAGAAAUGAACAGUGCAAUAUAAGGUUUUAGGAGAAAAUUUGAAACAAUGGAGGACAGGAUCAGUGAAAUUGAAGACAAAUGCUUGGAUACCACUUUGAGGGAAAAUCAGAGAAAAUAAUGAAGAAAAAUGAAGAAACCCUGAGAACAAUGUGGGAUGCAAUCAAAAUAAACAUUUUUAUGUGAUCAGAGUUCCAGAAUAGGGAGAGAAAGUGGAAGACACAGAGAGGAUCAUUGAAGAUUUGCUGACAGAAAAAUUCCUUAAUAUCAUGAAAGACAAAAAGCUGACCAUCCAAGAAGCUCAACAAGCCCCAUAUAGGAUACACCCCAAAAGAAAAACAUCAAGACAUAUCAUAAUCACACCCGCUAAACCAAAGACAAAGAAUUCUGAGAGCAGCUUGAGAAAAACAAAAAGUCACAUACAAAGGGGAAACAAUAAGACUAAGCCCUGAUUACUCGGCAGAAAUCAUGCAGGCAAGAAGACAAUGGGAUGACAUAUAAAAUCUUGAAAGAAAAAAAAACAAAAAACUGCCAACCAUGAAUAAUAUAUCCUGCAAAACUCUUGUUCAAAUAUGAUUGUGAAAUUAGGACAUUUCCAGAAAACAGAAAUUAAGAUACUAUGUAAAAACCAAACUAAAUUUACAAGAAUUAUUAAAGGGAGUUCUUUGGUUAGAGAACCAACAACAUCAGACAGCAACCUAAAUCCAGCACAUAAGAUGGCAUCAGCCAGAUACCAACCUAGAUAAUGAACUCUCAAGUAUAAAACAAAACUAAAAAGUUUGCAAAAGGGAACCAGAGAGGUCAAUCGGUAAAUGACAACAAUGUCAGAACAAUAAAAGAGGGAAUAAACAGUGUAGGUACAGAACUUUCAAAUGGAGAGGAAGUCAAGGCAUUAUCAAGUAAUAAAAGACUGGUUUAAACUUAGGAAGAUAGGGGUAAAUAUCAAGGUAACCACAAAGAAAGUUAACAAACCUACUCAUCGGAAUAAAGAAGAAAAACAUAAAGUCUCAGUAAACACAAAAUCUACAAAAACAGGAGACAAAAAAAGAUCCACAAGUGAAUUCAGCACAGAAGAGUAAGAACAAAAUGUCACCACUGUGAAGAGUAAGAACAAAACAUCAGCAUCACAAAAAAAAAGCACUACAAAAUGACAGAAAUAAACUCACACCUAUCAAUAAUCACACUGUACGUAAAUGGCUUGGAUGCACCCAUAAAGAGACAGAGAGUGAUAGAAUGGAUUAAAAAACAGGACCCAUCAAUAUGCUGUCUACAAGAGACACACAGAAACAAAGACAUAAAUAUAUUAAAAAUCAAGGGAUGGAAAAAAUAUAUCAUGCAAACAGCAACGAAAAAACAGCAGGAGUGGCAAUACUAAUAUCAGGUAAAAUAGACUUUAAAACAAAAUCCAUCAUAAAAGACAAGGAAGGACAUUAUAUAAUGGUUAAAGGGACAAUCCACCAUGAGGACAUAACCAUAAUAAAUAUCUAUGCACCCAAGCACAGAGCUCCAAAAUACAUAAAACAAACUCUAACAGUACUGAAAAGAGAAAUCAGCAGUUCCACAAUAAUAGUUGGAGACUUCAACACACCACUCUCAGUAAAGGACAAACAUCUAGAAAGAAACUCAACAAAGAUACAGAAGAUCUAAAGGCCACAAUCAACCAACUUGGUCUCAUAGACAUAUACAGAACACACCACCCAACGGCAGCAAAGUACACAUUCUUUUCCAAUGCACAUGGAAUGUUCUCCAGAAUAGGCCACAUCUUAGGCCACAAAGCAACCCUCAACAAAAUCCAAAACACUGAGAUAAUAUAAAGCAUCUUCUCUGGUCACAAUGCCACCAAAGUAGAAAUUAAAAAAAGGAAGAGUGAGGAAAAAAACCCAAAUACAUGGAAACUGAAUAACACCUUGCUUACAAACCACUGGGUAAUAGAAGACAUCAAACAUGGAAUAAAAAAUUUCCUAGACUCAAAUGAGAUUGAAAACACAUCAUACUAAAACCUCUAGGACACAGCAAAAGCAGUACUCAGAGGUCAAUUUAUAGCAAUAGACACAUCAAAAAAGAAGAAAGGGACAAAAUCAAAACACUAGCUAUACAACUCAAAGAGAAAGAGAACAGCAAAAGAAGCCUACAGUCACCAAAAGAAAGGAAAUAAUAAAGAUCAGAGAAGAAAUAGAGACUAGAAAAACAAUAGAAAGAAUCAACAAAACCAAAAGUUGGUUCUUUGAAAAGAUCGACAAAUCAUUGGCCAAGCUGAGAAAAGAAACACAAGAGAGGAUGCAGAUAGCCCAAGUAAGAAAUAAAAUGGACAUUAAAAUAGACCCAAUUGAAAUUAAAAGGAUCAAUAACAGAGUACUAUGGAAAACUACACUCUGAUGAAUUUGAAAACCUAGAGGAAUUGGUCAAAUUUCUAGAAACACAAUACCUAUCUAAACUAACACAAGCUGAGGUUGAAAAUCUGAACAGACCCUGUAAGAAGAAAAGAAACUUGAAAAAAAAAAAAAAAAAGUCCAAUAACAAACAAACAAAAAAAGAAGCCCUGGCCCGGAUGGCUUUACUGGAGAAUUCCACCAAACACUCAGAGAAGAGCUUACACCAGUACUACUCAAACUAUUUCAGAACAUAGAAAAGGAAGGGAUAUUUCCAAAUUCAUUCUAUGAAAUCAGCAUAAUCCCUGAUACCAAAACCAGGCAAAGACACCACAAAAAAAAAAAAAACCAAUAA